GGUACCACAGAAACAUUUGCUAAGAAAAUCAGAAAGCUCCAAAAACAGAGGAGAGAAAAUGGGGAGGAGUCCUUGCUGCUCUAAGGAAGGCUUGAACAGAGGAGCCUGGACUGCCCAUGAAGAUCAAAUUCUCACCGACUACAUUAAAGCCCACGGCGAAGGAAGAUGGAAAAAUCUCCCCAAACGGGCAGGUUUAAAGAGAUGUGGCAAAAGUUGUCGUCUUAGGUGGCUAAAUUACCUCCGACCAGACAUUAAAAGAGGAAACAUAUCUCCGGACGAGGAAGAACUCAUCAUCAGACUUCACAAGCUGUUGGGAAACAGGUGGUCUUUGAUUGCUGGGAGGCUUCCGGGACGAACAGAUAAUGAAAUAAAGAAUUACUGGAACACAAACUUGUGCAAAAGGUUAGGAGAUCAUAAAUCCCCUGCUUCAUCUGGUAAGCAAAAUUGGAAGAAGAACGAGAUUAAACCACCGUCAACCACCGUGUCGGAAGGGCAAGUAAAGAGGGACGAGUCGCAGGUGGUCCGAACCAGGGCAAUUCGGUGCACUAAAGUUUUCAUAAAUCCAGAACAACCGCCGCCAGUCAAAGACGAACCCAUUUCAGACAUGAAUAACAGAGAAACUGCAGGGCCCUCCAUUAAUGGGACGGUGAGGUCCAAUACGAGCACUGAUGGGUUGUCGUCGUCAUUCCCCGGAGAAGACAACAAUACUUUGGAUUUCUUGUUAGACUUCAAUGUCGGGGAGUUUUGCCUGUCGGAUCUUCUGAAUACCGAUUCCUCGGAUUUUGGUAACCUUAGUUAUAGCAUUAGAAACGAUAACGGUAACGACUUGUCACCGUCAUCGGAGCAGCCUGCGAUUUUCUCGGAUGAAAUGUUCCAAGAUUGGGCCAACGGCGACGGCGUCCAGACAAAUGAGGGUUUAAGUCUCCAUUCGUUUUCUCCAUUUCUCCAGUACGGAGGAGACUGGGUGGAGAAUAACUGAGCUAAUAGCGUGUAUAGCAAUAACGACAAAAUACGGCUAAGUUUUAAAAAAUAUAAAUUGUGGUCCUUUUGUAGUUAAGAAUAAUAAUGGAAUUUGGGAUGGCUGUAUCAUAUGAUAAUGUUUGUAUUGAGCUAAACAAAUUGUAAUAGCUGUUGAGGAGAAUCUCAUAGAGAGGGAAGAGCAUAAUGUUUUAAUGGGAACUUGGAAUGAUUUUGUUAAUAAAUCAGGGAAAUAAUU